AUGAAGUUCUCCACCAUCCUCGCUAGCACCCUUGCUGCUGCGGCCUCCACCGUCACCGCCGCCCCGGCCACAAAGAGAGGCACCUUCGACGCCUCCGGCCUCAACAACCUGGCCUUCAACUCCCUUGACGUGGGCUACCUCAACGUGAUCAACUCGGUCGACCUGGCGCUCCUGCAGCAGCUCGCCGUCAACAACAACCUCAACGCCGCCGCCUUUGCCAACGUCUUCACCUCGGGCGUCUUUAACCUCAACGCCGUCCUGCAGCUGCAGCAGCUCCAGGUCCUCCUCCAGCUGGGCCAGCUGGGCGUCUUCAACACCUUCGACCUGUCCACCCUGAACCUGGAGCUGCUUCAGCUCGGGCUCAUUGGAAAUGUUGGUUCUUUUGACCUGAGCACCCUGAUUGAUGCCUCUGUGGUCCCGCAGAUUACUACUAUUGUUCAGCAGGGAGGUGUCACCAUCGCAUCCAAGGAAUAA